ACGAGUGAAAGCCAUGUUGAAAGCUGGACACUACACGGAUCUGCUCCGUCAAGUGAACGAACUCAAACGCCAACUGCAUCUGGUCGAGGCGGAGCGCAAGGCGUGCGAGGACGAAGGCAGCGAGACGAUCAAAAGGAACCAACAGCAGCUCAAUCGACUGAAACAAGAUGUGGGCGACAUCAAAUCGGAGCUGAGCGACACGGUGAGGAACACCCGGCAAAAUCAUCCGACGCAAUCGAGCCAAAUGGGCAUCCUUCAGUUGCUGAAAGAGAACAACAUCGACUACAGCAAAUACAAGCUGACCAAAUCGUCGGAGGAGAUUCUCACCGACCUCGACUGGCGCAUUGCCGACAUAGUCAAACAAGCCGACCUAACUAAACAUGAAAUACAAGUGAUUUACCAGAGGAUCAACGAGAUCGAUGAACAGCUGGCCCUGGAUUCGGAACCGAGUCGAGCGGAGAGCCCGACGCGCGUGUUAUCGUCUACUGCAUCGUCAUUAUCGCCGGUCAAAUCAUCAGCCACGUCAUUUCCCAUGACCAAGGUGAUUGAUGAGGAAGCAACACUGACGGAGAUUCAAAGCAUCCGACAGAAGAUGGCCGAAGCUUACCACAUACAGCGCCAGUACAAGACAAUUCUGGACGUGAUCAGCGGCGAAAGGAUCGGUUACGAAAGUCAACUCACCGAGCUGGAAAAAAGUACGGCCGAUUCUAAAGUAGAAGCCGCUAAGCUCAAGGAUGUGAGAGAAGCGGCCAAACGAGCCAGAGAUGUGGCCAAGACGGAACUGCAGCAUCACGAGGAGACUCUGGUGGCCUCCACGAGAGAAACCGACCGCCUUCUCAGCGACUACAAGCGUCGCAUUGACGAAAUGAAAUCGACGGCGUCCAACGCGUCCAACCGGCAUGUCCGCAACCCGACGACACAAAUGACGGGCCGCGUCACGCUACCCACAGGGUCGGCGGCCACUUCGGCCGCUGGCGCGGCUUCUGGAGAAAUUUCGCUUGCAGAUCAGGAAGCGAGACAGGCCCUUCACGAGACCAAAAAGGCCAUCGAUCACUUGAGAUCCGUUACUGGUGCGGCGGACGUCCGUUCGACAAUCCGCAUCGUCGAAUCGCAGAAGGAGAAGUGCGACGAGCUGAGGCAACAGUUUCACGUCCUCCAAGAGCGGGUCCAAUACUUGGCACAGCUGAAGGAGACGCUAUUGUCUCGUUUGAAUCAAUUAAUCGAGGCGCAGGCGAUGUCGAGCAGUACCAGCACCCGGCCGACGCCCCGAUUCCUUGAAGAACUGUUUGCCGAUGACGGUUCGUUAGCCACUCCACGCUACAAGGCGGCCAGCAUGAACGGUGAAUACCAAAUGGCUCACGAGGACGAACAGCAGAUCGACUGCAACGAAGCGCUGGGAUCCGUCGCGUCGGCCAUCAUCAACAUUUGCUCUCAAAUUCCCUUCGGCCCACCCGUCGAGGAAACGAAUUAUCCGACUCAGUCCGCCUCGAUGACCGAUCAUCUGAACGUUCUCAAUCUACUGGAGAGUAAGCUGUCGUCGUUGAUGGAGCUGGUCAAGAGUCUCGACGCCAUCAAGGCAGAACCGUCAACGGUCAAUACUAAUCCAAACAACAACCCGGACCUUCUCUAUUCACAGAUGGGCCAUCUGUCAUUGCCGUCAAGUCCACGGCCAGCCGAGCCAAAGUCAACGCAGCCGAACGAUGCGUCUGGAACAGCGGCGGCGGCGGCGGCGGCGGCGGCUGGAGCAGCCGCCACGACCGUUGCAACGGACCGUGCCGGACGGGUAAGCAACCCCAAAUUGAGGGUUGGCAACGAAUCGGGUUCAGACGAGGACCAAGUACCGACUCGAGGCUUCCUCAAACGGCAGACGCGCAUCAUCGUCGAGGCCAAGACAAAAAAACAGAACCAGCGACCCAGAAAAAACGAUUAAACUAUACGUUUACGUCGACAUCGACAUCAAACUUUUGGCGGAGGGGCCAUUGAAGCGCGACGGGGCUGAUCUGGAAGAGAAACCAGAAUGGCGAGAGGACGGCCAUCGCGGACAUGUGUUCCAAGACGCAUAUAUUAUAAGGACGCACCAAAUCCUAUUUUGCAUACAAGUUUUGAAGAGUUGUAGAAAAGUCAUUCUGCGCCAUUCGAUGUGAAAUCGGACGAUGGUUGAUGCCCGUGAUCUGUUGUUGAGUAGUCGCAUCGCUAUCAGUUUUUUUCUUUUUCUUUUUCUUUUAUAGCAGUUGCUGCUGGCCGAAGAAAAAAC